GAAAUACAUCAUCAUGCGCGUACUGUUAGAAUGUACCGCACACUUCUGCUGUAUGAGACUGAUGAACAAUUCCUCACAAGCUUAAGCGAUACCGUUUCUUUUGACAUCUAAGACACCGCCACAAGUGCGCAUCCGUCUGACAUGGAGCCGGAGGAGAAAAACCAAGAGUCCAAAUAUGGCGACCCGAGAAAAUUUGACCCCACAUUUAAAGGCCCAAUAUAUAACAGGGGAUGCACGGACAUUCUGUGUUGUAUCUUGUUCAUCUUGGCCUUGCUGGGAUACUUUGCUGUUGGAAUUCUGGGGUGGUCUCAGGGUGACCCCCGGAAGGUGAUCUACCCAACAGACAGUAGGGGUCAGUUUUGUGGACAGGUUGGAACCCCUCUUGAGAAGAAGCCCCUGUUGUUCUACUUCAACAUCAUGAAGUGUGCCAGUCCUCUGGUUCUGCUGGACUUUCAGUGUCCUACUACACAGAUCUGUGUGGAAAGCUGUCCAAAUAAAUUCAUAACUUUAGUGAAGGCCCUAAAAACUCAAGAUGACAGGGAAUACUACAAGCAGUUCUGUAAGGAGGGAGCCAACAUCACUGUCAUGAAUGCUCCUCAAAUCCUGAAGGACCGCUUGUGUCCUUCAAUGCUCACACCUAGCAAGGCUUUCACGCGGAGGUGUUUGCCUGCUUUGGAGACGCUGAAGGGCGGCGUGGUCGUGAUUGGCAAUAAAACCACAUUUACGGAUAAUGAAGGAGAAAAUGUAAAUGCAACGGAUCUUCUCGAAGCUUCGAAGAAAUCUAAUGUAGUGGUGGAGGCGCGGGCGGUGGCCAUGAGGAUAUUUGAGGAUUAUACUCAAUCCUGGCACUGGAUACUUCUUGGAUUGUUGAUCGCCAUGUUGGUCAGUCUGAUCUUCAUCCUGCUGCUGCGGUGUUUAGCUGGAGUCAUGGUUUGGGUUAUGAUCAUCUUGGUGGUUAUUGUGAUUGGAUACGGUAUUUUCCAUUGUUACAUGCAGUACGCGAGUCUGAAAGGACAGGCGGGUUCUGAUGUCACUAUCAAAGAUUUGGGUCUUCAGACAGACUUCUCUGUUUACUUACAGAUCCAGCAGACCUGGCUUGCGUUUAUGAUCAUCUUGUGUGUCGUGGAGGUGGUGAUCAUCCUGUUACUGAUCUUCCUCAGGAAGAGGCUGCUGAUCGCUAUUGCUCUCAUUAAAGAGGCCAGCAGAGCCAUCGGUCAUGUGAUGUCAUCACUCUUUUACCCCCUGCUCACCUUUGCCCUGCUGUCUCUGGUCAUCGCGUACUGGGCAAUCACGGCCGUAUUCUUGUCAACUUCCAAUGAGCCAGUGUACAAGGUUUACAAUACCACAGAGUGUCAAUAUUCCAGAGACACCUGCAACCCUGAGACUUUUAACAGCUCAAACGUCACGGAUGAAUGUCCAGAGGCCGAGUGUCUGUUCGCUUUUUAUGGAGGAGAGACGCUAUACCACAAGUAUCUGAUCGUGUUUCAGUUCUACAAUUUAUUCCUCUUCUUCUGGUGUGCCAACUUUGUGACAGCGCUGGGACAGGUCACGCUGGCAGGGACGUUUGCCUCCUAUUACUGGGCUUUUAAAAAACCAGAGGAUAUCCCAGCAUACCCUGUGUUCAACUCUCUGGGACGCGCCCUCAGGUACCACACCGGUUCUCUGGCGUUUGGUUCACUCAUUCUUUCUAUCGUUCAGAUCAUCAGGGUGAUAUUGGAAUAUAUGGAUCAGAAGCUGAAAGGUGCACAAAACAAGUGUGCCAAAUUCCUGCUCAGCUGUUUAAAGUGCUGUUUCUGGUGUCUGGAGAAGUUCAUCAAGUUCCUGAACAGAAAUGCUUAUAUCAUGGUGGCAAUAUAUGGAAAAAAUUUCUGCACGUCUGCCAGAGAUGCGUUCUUCCUUCUGAUGAGGAACAUAGUGCGUGUCGCGGUUCUGGACAAGGUGACCGACUUUCUCCUAUUUUUGGGGAAACUUCUGAUUGUUGGAAUUGUGGGGAUUUGUUCCUUCUUCUUUUUUACGGGGAAGAUUAAGUUUGUGGAGGACGCCACUCCAUCUCUUAACUAUUACUGGGUCCCUAUAUUGACUGUGGUGUUUGGCGCGUAUCUGAUCGCUCACGGCUUCUUCAGUGUUUACGCGAUGUGUGUGGACACACUCUUCCUCUGUUUCUGCGAAGACCUGGAAAGAAACGACGGCUCCUCCGACAAGCCGUUUUUCAUGUCCCCUGAGCUGCAUAAGAUCUUAUCCAUCGAACCGAGCGCAGAAGAGGCGGACCACGCCGAGACGCCCGUCGUCCUGGUGCAGGCUGAAGAGGAGGUGCCGCUGCAGGAGAACGGAGAGGUUCGGCUCAAACAGCAGGACAUCCUCAAACAGGAGCACGAGGAGGAGACGCCGCUAAAUCAGGAGACCCGCGCUGAAGAACCCCCUCUGGAAAACCAAGAACCGCAGGAACCCCCCGCAGAAGAGGAGAAACCCGAAGAAGUUACGACGCAUGAGCCCGACCCCCCGCAGGUCACGGCGCAUCAAAACGGACCGCAGGAGGUGGACACCGAUGACAAGGAGGAACAGGCCGCCCAACCGCAAGCAGAACCACCGCAGGCAGAGAACCAACAAGAAGACGCAGAAGAAGCGAAGCCUCAAGAAAACGGACCUCAGGAGAGUGAGACUCUGCUCACCCCUCAGGAAUAGAUGUCUAUGAAGUGUGCUACUGACUUUGGAAGCGUGUUUGGGAAAGAAACUCCCCUCAUUCGAGUCGUAUUGUUUACUCAAACUUUUAAUAAAUCGUAACUCGUCGUAAUGGAUGGCAUGACAAUAAAUAAGCAGAAUCAGGUUUGUACUCAAGUGUGGAAGCGAUUCGGUAACGUGGACCUAAACCCCAUUUAGAUAUGCCUACAUUGCACUUGUAGAACGUGUAUUUGUGUUUUAUGUGGAACGUUUUAACGUAAGGACGUGUUAAAGUGUAGGUGCUCGGCUCGUGCCUAAAUAUUGUUACUAAUCGAUGUCUUAAUCAUAUUGAUGAAUGCAAAAAGAUUUCGCAGUAUCGCUAUGUUUACAGCAACCACGAAACAAAAUGCCCAGUGUUUACAGUGAUGCCAGCCAAGACCAAACGAUGCCAUUUUGUACGAAUUUGUGCAAACCUAACUGAAAAACGUGUGAUCAUUUGUGAAAAAACUACAAAAAACAAUCAAAUUUGGAAAGAAAACUCGUAUCGCUGUUAUAUUUUGGUCUGCUGUGACUGGUUAUUGCAUCGACAAGAAUUUUUAAUGCCUGAUAUUUGUCGCUGAUGUUUGCGCCUCUGUUGCCUCUUUUCUACCUCUGUCCUUCACUUUUCUGAGUCUUUGCAUGUUGUUGAUGUGAUCUUAUACAGUGCUUUAAUAAAUUUUACUCUCUUCUUU